AUGACUAUCCAAGUCUUUGUGUUGGACGGAAACGACAAUGCACCUGCAGAGUCUGGGCAAGCAGAGGAGAUUCCCCUCCUGCUCACGAUGCCUGUGGGGGCUGGACAUGCGAUUGGCAAGAUCCAUGCCUUGGAUGGUGACUCAGGUUAUAACGCAUGGCUGCGCUGUGAGCUGCUUGAGGCUACCAGGGGCCCUUGGCAGGUGGGACUGUAUAGCGGUGAGAUCAGCACCACAUGUCACUUGGAUGAGACAGACAGUGGAAACAGUCAGAGAGUGCUGGUUGUGGUGAGGGACCAUGGCAAACCAAUUCUGUCAACUACAACCACACUGAGUGUAUCGUUACUGCCAAGUGCCCAGGCUGUUCACGCUGAUGAUCACCUUUCCAGGAUGGGAGGGAGCCCAAAGCCUCCGAGGGAUAAUACCAACAUGUACCUGAUCAUCACCAUCUGCUCAGUGUCUAGUGUGCUCUUGCUGACAAUCUUGUUAUAUAUGGCCCUACGAUGCUGGUGCCAGACAAAAGUCGUGGUGGAACAAAAUAUUUUUGCCAUUGUUCUUAUGAAACUUGACUUGAUGGGGAGAAGGCAGCUGCUGCAGCUAGCUCUGCUCUACACAGCUUGGUUGACGGGGAGCGGCCAGCUCCAUUAUUCGGUGCUGGAGGAAUCCCAGCAUGGCACUUUUGUAGGCCGCAUCGCCCAGGACCUGGGACUGGAGGUGAGUGAGCUGGUGCCUCGGAUGUUCCGGUUGGUUUCCAAAGACCACAAGGAUUAUUUAGAGGUAAAUGUGCAGAAUGGGAUUUUGUUUGUGAAUUCCCGGAUAGACAGGGAAGAGCUGUGUGCCCAGAGCCCUGUUUGUGUCAUCCACCUAGACGUGAUUGUGGAUAAACCUCUUACGAUUUUCCAUGCAGAGGUGGACAUCAGGGAUAUAAAUGACAAUGCUCCCAUUUUUCCAGUAAAUGAUCAUAAGCUGUUUAUUUUAGAAUCUAGGCUGCCUGGCUCAUAUUUCCCACUAGAGGGAGCUUCGGAUGCAGAUAUUGGUUCCAAUAGUCUGCUUACCUAUAAACUUAGUUCCAAUGACUAUUUUCAGCUACGUGAAGAAAAACACAGUGACCGUAGUAAAUCUCUAGCACUUGUGUUACAGAAUGCCCUGGACCGAGAAAAACAUUCUGAACACCAUUUAUUACUCCUAGCCACUGACGGUGGCCAGCCAGAACUCAGUGGCGCAGUACAGCUGGAGAUUAUUGUACUAGAUGUAAAUGAUAAUGUACCUUUCUUCAACCAGUCUGUAUAUGAAGUUCUUCUGCUAGAGAACAUCACAAAGGGAACCUCUGUCUUUACAGUAACUGCUUAUGAUUUGGAUGAAGGAACUAACAAAGAGAUAUUGUAUUCAUUUAGCAAUAUGAUGCCUUCCCAAUUAAGACACAGUUUCUCUAUAGACUCAAAGACAGGGGAAAUUACUGUGAAAGGAGAAAUAGAUUUUGAAGAUAUUAAUUUGUUUGAACUACAAGUUGAAGCAGCUGAUCAAAGCCCAUAUCCCCUGGUUGGGCACUGCAAAGUACUGAUCCAGGUUUUAGAUGUGAAUGACAAUAUCCCCGAGUUGUCAGUGACAUCUCUGUCUGUUCCAGUGCCUGAGGACUCAUCAGUGAGGACAGUGGUAGCCCUGAUCAGUGUCUUUGACAGAGACUCUGGUGUCAAUGCACAAAUAAACUGCUCCCUCUGGCCAUCAAGGCUCCCCUUCAAGCUGACAUCUACCUUCAAGAAUUACUACUCACUCGUACUGGCUGAGCCACUGGACCGGGAGCAGGUAGCCGAGUAUAGUUUGGUGGUGAUAGCCCAAGACCAAGGGGACCCCCCACUGUCAGCCAGCAGCAGCCUGUUGGUACCAAUCAGUGAUGUGAAUGACAACGCACCCACUUUUGCACAGCCUAUUUACACAGUCUUUGUGAAAGAGAACAACCCUCCUGGAGCUCAAAUCUUCACAGUGUCUGCCUCAGACCCAGAUGUGGCAGAGAACGCCUUGGUCAGCUACUGGCUGGAUGAGAAGCUGUGGCCUUUGUCGAGCUACAUCUCGGUGCAUUCGGAGAGUGGGAAGCUGUAUGCCCUGCAGCCCUUGGAUUACGAGGAGCUGAAGCUGCUGGAGUUCCAGGUGAGGGCCAAGGAUGCUGGGCUGCCCUCCUUGUGUGGCAACGUGACCAUCCAAGUUUUUGUGUUGGAUGAGAAUGACAACGCACCUGUAGUGUCUAGUCCAGCUGGGGAUACUGUCACUCUGCUGAAAGUCCCAGUGGCAGCUGGGCAUGUAGUGGGCAAGAUCCACGCUCUAGACACUGACUCAGGCUACAAUGCCUGGCUUCGCUAUGAGUUGCAUGACUCAUCCAGCAGCUCAUGGCAAGUGGGGCUUUACAGUGGUGAGAUCAGUACCAUGCAAGCUCUGGAGGAGGCAGAGGGCAGCAACAUCCAGAGUCUGCUGGUUCUGGUGAAGGAUCAUGGCAAGCCAGUACUGUCAACCACAGCCACCUUCAGUGUGUCACUUGUGGCCAGCGCCCAGGCUGCCCAGAGUGAUGCCCGCCUCUCUGGGAUGGGAGGGAGUACAAAGCCCCUGGCAGACACUGCCAAUCUCUACCUGAUCAUUGCCAUCUGCUCGGUGUCCAGCUUGUUCCUGCUGGUGAUCCUCAUGUACGUGGCACUGCAAUGCCAGAGCCAGGGCAAGGAAGCAAUGGUGUACGGCCCUGGCACAGCCACGCUGGUGUGUGCCAGUGAAGUGGGCAGCUGGUCAUAUUCCAAUCGCCACAGCCACAUCCUGGCAGGGGUGAGUGGGGAGGCUGGUGCCAAAAGUGACUUCAUGGUUUUCAGCCCCAACAUUCCUGUCUUUGCUGUGAAUGGAGAGGCAGGAAAUGCGAAGGACCUUGUUUCCCUUUCCCCUGGAGAGGUAUUCUGUGAUGAAAAUCUUCGAAAUGCUUUAGGGAACCUUACAGAUGUAGUUUACUGGAAUUCUCAUAGGGCAGCAGCUGAUGCUCUGUGA